UUGAGCUGUGCAGUGCGCAACUCCAGCAGCCACAGCCCACUCCACGCAACACAGAAAAAAGGAUGUUGCGCUCAUUACCCCGCUCCGUCUGUCGUUCGGCUCGCUCGAGCCGGGCGCCUGACAGCAAUGCUCCGGCCGCUGCCGGCCUCCUCGAAGCACGCGCGGACCGAUCAGUCAGACCAUGCGGAUCAUGGACGGCAGCAGCAGCAGCGAGUGCUACGCGACAGCCACGGGCGAUACCCCGCGUUGGUCCCUUGCCGACGACAGCAUUCAUGAAGUUCCCGCUGGUUCGAUCCAUGUCGUCUCUGAAAUCUUCUCAGUGGGAGCGGGAAGGCCUGCCUGUAGCACCGGUGCAAAGCGGUAGCGAGCCGCUGCCUUCGAACCUCAAGCUUGCGGUGGAGGCUUGGCCUGCUGCAACGGCGGGAGAGGGAGGAGACGCGGAAGAGGACGCAGAAGCGGGAGACGAAGAAGAGGAAGAAGAGGAAACCGACCCCCUGUCGGAAGAGGACCACGACGCCAUCGCAGCCCUCCUCGACAUACCCGGCCUGGCUGCCACUGACGAUCUUGAGGUGGAGGUGGUGGCCUGGGCUGACGGCGCUCCUGUGGCGACGGUAUCGCUGGCGCCUUCCGUGUUUGGCGUGCCCGUGCGAAGGGACGUCGUGCACGAAGUCGUUCGGUGGCAGCUUGCGCGCCGUAGGAAAGGCAACGGCCAGACCAAGAGGAUAGGGGAGAUCAGCGGGUCCGGGCGAAAGGUUAGGCCUCAGAAGGGGGGAGGCGUCGCCCGCGCGGGUCACAGCCGUCCACCCCACUGGCGGGGAGGCGCCAAGGCUCACGGUCCGAGGAGGCGGGACUUUUCCUUCAAGCUCAACAAGAAGUUCGUCAGGCUUGGCUUGAGGGUGGCACUGUCCGCACGACUUCGGGAAGGGCAGCUGAAGGUCGUGGACGACCUCAAGAGCGACGGUUUCAAGACGUCCGCCAUGAUCAAGACCAUCAAGGCAAGGGGAAUCGACGGCCCUGUAACGUUUGUGGUGGGGGGAGACCCUCAGGUUGAGUUCAUGCGAUCCGUCAGCAACAUCAUGGGCGCCAAGGUCCUGCCUGCCCGGGGAGCCAAUGUGCACGACAUCAUCAAGCGACCGAACUUGGUCCUAACCCAGGAUGCCGUGACGCACUUGGAGGAGUUUCUUCAGACGCCCUAGUGCCGACUGAUGUUGAUGUCCACGUCAUCGUCAAAGAUUUUCAUCGCCACUUGCUCUGCGGCCGAACAAGCAGCUGUAUCAAGUACAUCACCAUUUUGGUGUCCCAACAAUUGGGUUGCUAUGUUGGUGGACGAGAGUUGAAAGAAGUUUUAAGUUUUUCCCCGGGGGGCGUGAGGAGUGGUUCGCGAAGAGACUCCUGCUCCAGAAAAUGUAUCGCCGUAGCGCCAUGCGGUGCGCAAAACGUCUGUCUGUACGGCUAAGCCGGUUGUUCCCUGGCGAUUGUUGUACACAUUGAGUACAACAUAUUGUUUGAUGUUCAAUGUACAGAUGAAGAUGC